AUGUCUGAAAAGAAGUUCGAUCCUCAAACUUUAGAUAACUACGAGUCUUUUCACAAGGAGUUCACUCCCUAUGAAUGGGCACGAUUGGGCAUUUAUGGAAGUGUCUUUGCUCCAUUUGGCUGGUUCAUCGCGAACACUCCGAAUCGUAGAGUGAGGGCUUUUUCUUGCCUGGCGUUGUUCUGCCUUGGUGCGUAUUGCGGACACUGUGUGUCUGUGACAAGUGCCCGAGAGAGACUUGAAAAGAGACGUUGGGAGAAAUAUCACUGCUAACUCCAGCUUUGUUUACCUACUAGUUUGAAUGUCAUUUUCGUACAUAUAGA